AUGGAUUCCUACAGGAAGCAUGCAGCGAUCAUCCUGAUCACGUUGUCUGUAUUUCUGCACAUUCUCCAUUCCUUUCCUGAUGGCGAGUUUGCAAUGCAGGGUUGUCCAGAAUGCAAACUAAAGGAAAACAAAUACUUCUCCAGGCUGGGAGCUCCAAUAUACCAGUGCAUGGGUUGCUGCUUUUCUAGAGCCUAUCCCACUCCAGCUAGGUCCAAGAAGACAAUGCUGGUUCCCAAGAACAUCACCUCAGAGGCCACAUGCUGCGUGGCCAAAGCCUUUACCAAGGCAACAGUGAUGGGAAACGCCAAAGUGGAGAAUCACACCGAGUGCCAUUGCAGUACAUGUUAUUAUCACAAAUCUUAA